AUCAAAAAAAAAAAAAAACAGAUCAGAGUUUCUCUCUAUUCCCCCAAAGAAUCCAGUUCUCCUCCUUCAGGAUCCACGCUAGCCCCUCCAUCAUCACCGUCCUCCUCAUCAUCAUCACAGCCGAAUCUCCCAAUCGAGGUAGUCGAUAAAGAUGGGAGGUUUCGUAUCGAAGUUUUGGUUCAUGCUAUUUCCCGCUAAGGAAUAUAAGAUUGUGGUGGUGGGGUUGGAUAAUGCAGGCAAAACGACGACGCUUUACAAGCUUCACCUUGGAGAUGUUGUUACUACGCAUCCUACUGUUGGUAGCAACGUUGAAGAGCUUGUUUAUAAAAACAUCCGCUUCGAGGUCUGGGAUCUUGGUGGGCAAGAAAGACUAAGAACAUCGUGGGCAACAUACUAUCGCGGAACUCAUGCUGUUAUUGUGGUGAUAGACAGCACAGAUAGGGCCAGGAUCACCAUUAUGAAGGAUGAGCUCUUCCGGUUGCUUGGACAUGAGGAUCUGCAGCAUUCAGUUAUCCUUGUGUUCGCAAAUAAACAAGACCUCAAAGAUGCAAUGACCCCUGCUGAGAUCACUGAUGCCCUUUCACUUCACAGUAUAAAAAAUCAUGAUUGGCACAUCCAAUCCUGCUGUGCACUUACUGGAGACGGGUUGUAUGAUGGUUUGGGGUGGAUCGCCCAGCAUGUUACUGGGAAAGCACCGAGUUGAAAAGGGGAUUAUCAAUGAAGGAGAGCUCAUUCUUCGUAUAUUAUGGAUUUGGAUGACUGAAACAGAGUCACCUCUUGUGUACCAUCUCCUGUAUGAGCUAUUUCUAUUAAAAUUUGUAGAUUGUUCACAUUUCAAUUUGCCUGAAAAAAAAAA